ACUCAAUACAAAAUACUUAAAAAUUCAUUUGUUUGAAUCUGAUGUCAAAAUUAUUAUUCCCUUAUUACGAAUCAGUGAAUUAUACAGACUCUUUUUUGAAAUAUAAACAAUAUAGUCAUCAAUUAAUUUAGUCAAAUUUGACAAUUUUCACAUUUUCAUUAUCCUUUUAUAAUUUGUAAUAUGAAAUGAUCUUUGUUAAAAAAGAAACUUAUAAUAACUAUAGCAGUAUAAAUGAUGGUUAUAUAAUGAACCCAAUUCUUAUUAUUGAUGAUCAAAAAUUGUCAAAUUAUGUAAUGGCUAAUAAGUUAGAAAGUACAAAUUGGACAUUAUGGUUAAGUAUAACAGUUGUUUUACUUACAAUGAUAGUUACAUGGAUGUUACAUAUUUCUAUUAUGAUAUCUGUUUGUAGAAAUAUGAUUAUGAAACACAUCACAUAUUAUUAUAUCAUUUCAAUCGGAUUUGUUGUGAUGUUACACUCAUUGUUAAAUUUUCCAGUGAACAUCAUAAGUGACUUGAUAGGUGAAAAUGAAUAUAUUCAACAUUUCUGUUGUAUAUCAAUUGCUUCCGAGACAAUCGUUUGCCAUGCAAUUUUAUUACACCUUUUAGGAUCAAGUUUAGAUACCCAUUUUCGACUAACUAAACCAAAAUGGUUUUCGAAUACGACAGAUGUAUCAAGUAGAAAAUAUUUACUGGCUAUACGCUUGAAAAUAGCUGCACCAUGGAUAGUGAGUAUAUUACAGACCGGUGCACAAAUUUUACUAAGUGAUUCAUUCCCACCUGCUUAUUUGGAAGAAGGCAGAUUGUGUACAUCGCCUGAUAUUAAUUUUUUAAUAUUACGUACAUUAGUUGCAUUUUUGCUACCUUUAUUAACUAGUAUAAUAAUUCUAUUUAUGACUGCGCAUCGAAUACAAACGUUACAAUGUCAACAAAAACAGAAUAAAACAAACAUGAAUUCUUUUAAUAUUCAACAAAGGAAACUUAAUGAUACAAUUAGCUCUCAAGUGAAAAAGCAAUCAACUUGCUGUCUUAUUACUUCUUGUAUAAAUAAAUACUGUCAAUCACGUAAGCAUAAAGUGGAAUUAAUCCCCUUAUCUUAUUCCAAUCAUCAUUGUUCUUACGAUCAUAAGAAAAACUGUAAUUCUUUAAGCAGAUUGAACAAUUUUCAACCUGAAUAUAAAACGUUUCACAGAAUUCAAAAUAAUAAAUUCAUUGAAAAUCGACAUUCAUGGAUAGAAACAAAUCUAAAUGCAGAUGAGGAUAUAUUGAAUUCGAAUCUAAUUAUCGGUGAAGCUAUUGAUAAUCGAACGUGUAUAAGAAAAUAUUCCAAAUCUCUAUCUCAAAAACAUUUACAUUCACCUGUCUUGUUACAUAUGACACCAGUAUCAUCCCUACCAACAACACUAACAACAACAUCUCAAUAUCAACAUGGAUCAAGUUCUUCUGAUGCUGGAAUUUCAAGUCAAGCAACUGAAGAGACGGACGAAAUCAUACAGUAUAGCUGGUUUACGCCAAAAAUAAAUAAUUAUGAUAUUAUUAGCACUCAUUCACCCAAUCCUAUUAACAAUUUUGUCAGUAACAAUGAUGAUAAUGAUUAUCCACAGGAAGUAUUAAACAAUAAUCAUCAAAUUGAAAAAGUAAAUGAUAAUAGUUUCCAGAAAAUCAUCAAACAUUUUUGUCCUCAACAUGGUCAAGUAAUAAUACCAGAGUGUUUUUAUAACCCCUUAUUAUCAGUCAUUGAAGAAAUUGAACCAGGUCAAUAUGAUGACCAACGAACACAUGAAUUCACAUUACAAAAUAAUGAAGUAAUUCCACAAAGUGGACAGAAAAAAAAUAAUUCAUUGGAUAUAAGGAAUGUUAGAUUGCUACCAUCAACAAAUGUAACUUAUGCAUCGUCGUUCACUAGUCAUAUUAUUUUUAACAAGUUAAGUGAUCUAGAUAAAGAUAACGAUUUAUUAUCUGAAACAUGUAAGCAAAACAAUACUUUAUCACAGUCUCGAUCAAACGACCAAAAGCAACAACAGCAACAUAAAGAGUCACUGAAUCGGCGGAACAGUAAUUCAUGGUCAAAUGGAACCUGUGAACGCUUUCCUGAACAGAAAGCAAUAAAACUUAACAUGAUUUUAUGUGCGAUAACUAUAGCCAUGUGGUCACCAUUUAUUACUGCAUCUCUUAGUCAUUUGUUGUUGAGUAACUCGAAUUAUUUUCAUCUAUUGUCCAUUGGAACUUUGAUACAUUUUAAAUGGUUAGCUUACAUGAGUUCUGUAGUUUAUCCUGUUGGAUUUUUACUGGUUGAUUCACAGUUAUGCAGAGCUACAUUUUCACAAAUAUAUUGUCGUAAAUUCUGAAAACGUUGCUAACAUUUCCAAUCUACUUUGAAACAUUUCAGUAGUAUCCUCUAUAAUAAAGAACAAUUCAUGGACUGAAAAUGUUGGAAUCAGUCUGGGCUAUGGAAGUUACAGUAAGAUUUCACAACCGGUACUUUAUAGGUUCACGAAAAUGCGGCACUUCAACAAUAUUGCAUCACAAAUCGUGUAUUUUAUGAAUAUACAAGUGUCUGCUUAAUCCCUUUACAUUUAUUCCGACAUGUUAAAAGAAACUGUUAACCGCUUCGGAUACAUUUGCUUGCCUACAUUAUUUAACUUCCACAUGCAGCUAACCUUAUUGUAAAAUGAAGAAAGCUUUGGGAUGAUAUAACUAUAACUUAUAAAAGUUGAUGAAAACAUUGUUGAAAAAUUAGGAUAAACAACAAAAUGUCAUGAAAAAUACAUCACACUAUCUCUCGUUCCCAUGUUGUUUAUUUACAGCAUAUAUUUAAACGAUGGUUUAUUUCAGCAUCAAAUGAAUUAUCUUCUUUGAAUGGUUCAAUCUGCAUGCGGUCCAAGAAGCAUCAUCUCUAAUAGUAUUUUAUUUCUUUUUGAUAAAUUUGUUAAAAUGACUAUUACUCUACUUGAUAGUUUUAAUAUAUUUUGUUCACUUUAACUUUCUAUUGUCAAUAGAAUCUAACUCUCUGUUGUCU